GGACCCCGUCAGGACUUUCGCCGGGAAUCUGGUGGACAGUAUGGCGCUGCAAGCGGCCCUAUGGUACUUCCGCCGGCGGGCCAGGGAGGUCGCGCACCCGAAUCCCGACUUCCACCUUCCCAAGAACAGAAAUCUGAGUAGCGACGAGCUCUUCUUCUACUCCUUUGGCGAGUACAUGUGCGAGGUGCUUAAGCCGGCCGCCCACAACAAGGUUAUCGACUUUGGAUACCUGCCUCCAAACCGCAUCAGGCUAAACACCCUGCUCCGUAACACUCCGGAGUUCGCCGCAGCCUUCAAUUGCCCGUUGACCAGCGAGAUGGUGCUGCCGACGGCUAACUUCUGCGUGGCCUUUCCUCCCAAGGAGCAUUACGUCAUCAGGCCCAUCGAUGCGUACACCACGCCGGGGCCAUCUACCACGCCAUAAGCCUACGAACAUAUCAAG